CUUGGAUGGAAACCCUAUCGGAGAUAUCAAGAAACCAUGAGCAAUGGCGGACGUGUGGGCACUAAAUGUUGCAGCGACCACACCGUGUCCUUCCAUCAAGUGGAUCCCCGGAGCAUGUAUAUUCUUCACUACUUCUUAUAUCAUCUACAUCCAUACGGUAUCCAUCAGAGAUGCAUUGCAAACGGUUAACUUCCGAGGUGAAGAGCAUCGCUCCAUUUCCCGAGAUGAAUGCCGCAUGGGUUGUGGAACGUUUGUUCGCUCAGUUCUUUUCUACCCCACUGUAACUGUGGAUAUUUGUGUGCCUCAUGUACAGUAUAUUCUAUCUAUGUGCUAG